UGUCUAGCUAUGCCUCGGUAUCAGUCGGGCAAAAAUAAACCAUUACAGCAGACGUGUAAACCAGUGCUUGUGUAAACCACUAAUUUUCUCAAAAAGCGAACCUCUUCGACUUCUUUGCCUACUGAAACCGAAGCUACAGAAAAUUCAGAUAAAAAUAAGUGAAGUGAAUGGAUUAAUGACGUGGAUGAGUUGAUAAGAACUGAAGGAAGAAUACACUUGGAGUAUUAGUGACUGACAGGUUUAUGAUGCUAGAUAGAAAGAAUGUGCCCUAGUGAUCACGACAUUCGUGGAAAUGGGCAUCGUGGAAGAACUCAUUGUUGAUAUAAUGGAAUUCAAAAUCAACUACGAAAACAGUUUCUGGUGACAUUGCGGUUAAAACUACUUUGGAGGAAAAUGCUGUCUAUAUUACAUUUUCCAAUAUUGGGUGGCCUAGUAGUUUGUGUACUCGGCAUUCACAGCCCAGAUCGGUCUUGUAAUACCCAAACAAAAUGUGAACUCCCGCCUUGGACGCGUCCCUACCCGACCUGCGUAGACCAGGAGUGCCGUUGUAAUGAAGGCCAAUGUGUUAUUUACACUACUCAGGGCAGUAGCAUCGCUUAUUAUUGCGGGACAUGUGGUGUCUUGGGCUCCGAGUGCAACGUAACCAAUCCUUGUGUCCAAAUACCAAUGUUGUGCAAGACAGACAAUUUCUGCCACUGCGAUCAAGGGGAUGUCUACAGGGAGUUAUGCGUCGUAUACAAACCUAUACCAACAACGUUCAGGAGUGACAUCCUCAUCGUGACGCUCGUGAUUUUGCUCGUCUUACUCAGGGUGAUUAAAUCGUGGGAAAGACUUAAAGCUUUAUUGUGCAGGCGAUGCAUAAGAACGGAGUCCGAAGAAUCUACAGUGGUAGGAAUCAACCCACGAAGCGGCGAAAAAAGUGCAGCUUAUACCAUCUCUAACUCUGACUUCAUGGUCACAUCUCACGACUCUGACCUCGAAUGGGCGCUCGAACUCUCUCGACAACUAGCCAGUCCAACGGAGGACUGGCUGUCGAUGAGGUCAUUCGCGCUGUCCUCGCCAUCGUUAAUCUCCAGGAGAAGAAACCAAUACUAUGAGCAACAAAUAUCCCUGGAGACUAUAUCGGAGCCCGGCCCAUCUGUUUCCAGUGAGGAGCAGAGGGAUAGCCUAUCUUUGAGCGACUUUCCUAAUCCGCCUUCCAUAGAGUCUUCCAGUCGUUUCUCCGUUUCCAGUACCUACCCAUCCAGACGACCUUCCAAAUCAACCGCACCGCUCAGACGUUUAAAUAACCUGAGUUUUAGGCAAUCAAGGAGGUCCUCCUCGGCUUCUAGUGGCAGCUUUCACUCAGCAGAUUCUUCCUCGAUAAAGAGAAACGCCGUGAGAAGGUCCUCAUCAGCAGCAUCAAGUAUUACGUCAAGAGAUUUCUCUUCAGGUAGCAGCAGCAGCAGAAGCUCCUCUAACUGCAGCCAACCAGGGAAAUCAUCUGGAAUAGAUAUCAGAGACCGUCAGUCUUUGAGCUGUUCCUCAUCAGCCUUAUCCGCCUUUCCCUCUUCCAGUAGGCCGUCUGUUUCUUCAGAGACGGCAGAUGCUUCUGCACUGUCCGAGUUAAAACUUUCGCCUGAUCAGCAGUUAGCUGAACCUUCAGUGAAGUCUGAGUACACAUCCCCCUCUCCAGCUGCUGAAACUGAGUUAACCAUUUCACAACAAUCAGACGAGAACAUUGACAGCCUCAGUGGCACAUCUGCUUCGUCUUCGAGAGCAAGUUCUUUCCAGUCUUUGCCAAGAGAGUGAUCAAGUCAGUUGUGCGUAUAAAUGAUUUGUUUGUUUGUAUUGUGUUUUUACGUUGCAUAGGACUAUUGGUUAUUCAGCAACGGGACUAACGGUGACUUCCGAACCACGUCGAGAGUGAAAUUCUAUCACCAGAAAUACACAUCUCUAACACCCCCAAUGGAAUGCCCGAGAAUUGAAAUCACGGCUAUCGAGGUGGCAGGUCAAGACCAUACCGAUCACGCCACUGAGGCGCUACUAUAUAUAAAUGAUUUAAGACAGCUUUUAUUUUCAUAUUCAAUAUGCAUGUAAUUAAACAUAUGCGGCUAUGCCUAACCGCACGUGGGCCUGUAAACAGGUAAUGCAAACUUAAAUGCACUGAAAGUUACAGAGUUUCUGAGCAGUGGUGCCAACCCCUCUAACCCUACGCCCCCCACAGGGGGCGAGAAAUUACCCUAAGCAACUGCAAAUAACCCAACAUUCUGUGGCCAUGAUCAUAAAUAAAUCUUUAGAUUAUGUUUAUAUGUAAUAUCACGAAUAAUGAUAAGCAUACUGAUCUAAACCUACCUUGUUACAUUACCCUACACUUGAAAAUAUUGCUUUGUCGUCUAAGAUUUUGCCCAGAUUACCCUGCGCGUAGGGUAAUUACCCUACAGUUGGCAACACUGGCUCUGAGGCGGAAGGAGCUGUGCUCGCUUGACUAAGCCGUGUCAUUCACGAUUUCACGUCCCUGGACUCAAUUACUACCUAGAGAUGUAAAUAGAUGUUUUGAAAUCAGGACUUUUAUUAUUUCAUGUGCUUGCUUUUCUUUGUUCCUUUUAGGUACGACAUUAAAAUGUCUUCUGGUUUAAUCGAUGUUUGCCAUUGCUAAUCCUAAGUACACUAUUUAGGUGGUACCUCAUUGUUAAUAAUAACGAAAACUAUUGCAGUUUUUCUUGAUAUUUGUACUACACUGGAAUGCCUUUCUUUAGAUCGAGUAUUUUGUGUCUUAGUCUAGAGUGAUAAUUUUAACUUUUUUGGAUAGGUGUAUAUUACAGGAUAAUGGGAUGAAAGAAAGAAAAAAAACUGAUGCUACUUUUGC